AACAUAUUAUUAAUUAGAUUAAAGCUAUUAUAGUUACUGAAACUUAAUAGAAAAGUAAUUUUUUAAGUAUCCAAAAAUAUUUGAUAUGAAUUAAUAGUUACUGUUUUAGAUGCCUAGUACCAUGAAAGAUGAAUCAGAAGCAGAAGGAGAUGAAAUGUCACACAUUAGCAAUGAUAGUAAUGCGACAUCUUCAUCCUCAGAGAGUAGCGAGGAAAAUAGUGAUAGCGAUGAUUCUUCUGAGAUGGAUGAAGAUGAAUGUGAACAACGUAAAAUUGAAUGCUUAGACAAUUUGGUAGACCUAGAAAGACAAUUUUAUCUACUCAGGGAAAAGAUAUAUGAAGAAAAAAUUUCUCAAAUAGAGAAAAAUUUAAUUGAAAUAAGAGCUGAGAAAUCUGAAGAUUAUCUAAAACAUGUUGAGCAUUUAAAAGAAAUUAUGAAAACUAAAGAAGCUGUAGCUGAAGUUUUAAAAAAAUAUAGACUUGACAAUAUAAGCAAUUUAUUUCUAUCAGAAGAAUUAGCUGCAGCACAAAAUUUAGAUAGUGAAAAGGGACUUUUAUGGGAUGAUAUACAAGGUGAUCUUCAAGAAAAAAUUCGUAGAUUAGAAGAAGAUAGAAACAGUAGUGAUAUUCAUACUGAUUUGUGGUUAUACUCUAACGGUAGAAGAAGAAAAAAUAGGUCUCAAAGAAGAAGAGCUGUUGCUGUCACUGGUCCAUAUAUUGUCUACAUGUUAAAUGAUGCUGAAAUUUUAGAAGAUUGGGCUCUUAUUAAAAAAAGUUUAACUACAUUUAAAACGGAAAUACUUUAAAGUAGUUAAAUAUAUAAAGUUGAACUGUGAGAUUAUAUAAAAGAAUGUAAUGUUACUUGAAAUA